AUGAAAAUAAUUGUAAUAUAUUCAAUACUUGCCAUAAAUGUUUCAAACGCUUCCGCGAAGCCGAUCCAAUCUAAUGAUGUUCCCGCAGCGACUCAAGCUGAGAAAGAGGAAGUGAAUCAAAUACUGUUUGGUGAGCGCGGAAUUCUUACGGGAAUAUUUCGGAUGAUGGAUCAGCAGCGGAAAAUUCAGCCGGCGCCGCAGCAAGACACUGGUGAUAGUGGAAAAAUUGGGAAAUUUGACUUCAAAAAAAUUGUGGACUCUUUGGUGACAGGAGCUUCAAAAGGAGAACUCGGUGAUCAUCAGGUCGAACUUCCUGAGGUUCUUGGAAUUUGCAAUCGUCUUAGCUGUGGCGAUAUUUAUAAAGCAAUCGACAAAUUCAGAAAGUCGGAAAUGUUUAGUAAUUUCCAAACCGCAUUGACACUUGUUCAAGACCCGAAUGGUUGGGAAACAAUUGGAAAACUUUUGUCGAACCCGGAACUUAUUUCACAGUUUACUGCUGGCACUGGAAUGGAAGAAUUGUUUGGAAGUGCGCUUGGAGAAAUGGAGAAAACAAGCAAUAUCACAAAAAAGAAAAACUCAAAAUUGAUGCCCGAAGAUGGAGAUUUCGGAAUCGAUUUCAGUGAAGAUGGAGAAGGAAAUAAUGUUACCGUAACUUCUGAUAAGGAUCCGAAGGUGGAAUUCUCAAUCGACACGAAAUCAGGUGGAGGAGAGGAUUAUUAUGGAGAAGUUUCAAAAGCUGGAGAUGAUUCCGUAGAAUAUGAAACUGUAAAUGAAACCCCGCCGUCAACAAAAAUUACAAAAUCGAAUGGUCCUGAUAAACCAGAAGAAUUGCCAGAAAUAUCAUUCUCAAUUGAUGAAGGGGAUGAUGAAAAGGAAGUACAAUCGGUUGUCAAAGCGGAAUUGCCGCCAACAAGCUCUAAAAUUGUCAAGAGGAUUCACGCGGGAAGCACGGUCACCGAAAGCAGCACUUUGUAUCCAUCUAAAUCAAUUCAGCAAAACGACAACAACAACCAGAAGACCAGCAACGAUUCGUAUAACGACUACACGAGCCACGACCACUACGCGUAA